AUGGCACCCACGCACGUUGGUGUCGGAAUGUCACCCCUGGAGGAUCCACAAAUUGAUCGGGUUAGAAAUGAUUUGACACUCGAUGCAUUGCACGCAAUAAAAAUCCGGACCGAGAACGCAGAGAUACAAUUCGGUGGAGCUUGGGAUGGCAUCCCAAAUACGCGCUGGACGCGUAAAGUGCGCGCUAAUCCAACUUCGGAAUACUGUCAUGUGAUUUGA